GUUGUUGCCACACGUUUGCUGCUCGUGCUGCAAGCGAAGGGCAACGUCCGAUGCGGCCCGUGCCGUCCCCGUGCAACAUCGCUCGGCUGUUUGCAAAGCUGUCUGCGUACCUCUCAUCACAGAAGUAAACGCUCGACGUAACGCGCCGGUCGCGGAAUUUCACGAAGCCACCAUUGUGUCGAUUGAUAACCUGCGGGGCUUUCUGUAUUUUCCAUCGACCGCUACUGCGAUAGCGAUUGACAGUCUUCGUUAACAGUACUUUUUUCCCACUUGUGAAAGACACUCGGGAGGUGCAUAGAAAGGUAGCGCUAGGAGCAAGUCCUAUCUGAAGGCGGGAUGUUCAACAACAAGGCUAGAGUACUUGCAGAGCUGAAAGCCGCAAUGGCUACCAACCCGCUUGGAUACCCGCUCCUCCAAUUCUCCGUCGAUCUGUACAAGCAGCUAGUCGCAAAGAGUGGCUCUAGCGGAAACAUAUUCUACUCGCCCUUCAGCAUCUCCGCUGCUCUUUCUAUGGCUCUAGCAGGAGCUCGGAAUACCACAGCCAAGCAGCUCGCCGAUGUCCUGCACGUCAACAGCGAGGAGGUCCAUAGGCACUUCUCCAGCUUCAUCUCUGAGCUUCCAGGCUUUGCCCCGGACGUGAAGCUGCACGUGGCCAACCGGAUGUACUCGGAGAAGACGUUUCCUGUCCUAGACAGCUACGUCGCCCUUCUUAGGGAGUGCUACGGUGCCACGAUUGAAUCCGUCGAUUUCAAAAACAACUUCGAGAAUGUUAGGCGGCAGGUUAACGGCUGGGUCGAUCAAGCCACACAAUCGAAGAUUAGAGACCUCCUUCAACCAGGAAGCGUGGACCCUUUGACUACCCUUAUUUUGGUGAACGCCAUCUACUUUAAGGGACUCUGGGAGUCGCAGUUCAACGCGAACUGGACGCGCCCUUCAGAUUUCCACCUGAACCCGAACAGCAAGACGUUGGUAGAUAUGAUGUACCAGAAAUCCGAUUUCAACAUGGCGCACAACAUGGCACUCGAAGUAACAGCUCUGGAAAUACCGUACCGAGGUGGCAAGACUUCCAUGGUCGUGCUGCUGCCUGACAGAAUCGACGGGCUGUCCAAACUCGAGGAGGCUUUGAGUGCCGAGAACGUGGCAGAAGUUUUGAUGGACCUGCGUAAUUGUACUGACGUCAAGCUAUACCUUCCCAAAUUCAAGUUUGAGGAGACCAUAUACCUGAAGCAAACGCUCGCUGCAAUGGGCAUACAAGAACUCUUCAGUUUGGCUUCCGCUGACCUGACCGGUAUCAGUGCCGACGGAAACCUCUGGGCUACCGAAGUCGUCCACAAGGCGUUCGUGGAAGUCAACGAGGAAGGCACGGAGGCCGCAGCGGCUACCGCUGUUGUGAUGGGCUUCGGCUGCAGCGCUCCAAGGUUCAUAGAGACGAAAUUCGUCGUUGACCACCCGUUCAUGUUUCUCAUACGAAGCCGCAAUCCAGACAUCGUGCUCUUCAUGGGAUCCGUUCGUAGACUCUAGAGAACUCCUAAAAGGGUGUAACCAACUCAAUAUUAUCCUCAGUGAUACAAGAAAGAUAUGAUUUGAAGGUUGUGGGACCGCGACCCCAACAGCAGGCACAGUGAUGUCAAGUUAUACCUUCCGAAGUUCUGGUUGGAGCAGACCGUAAAGUUGAAGCAAACGCUGAGUGCAAUGGGCAUCGAAGACUUUUUCGCUCCUGCUGCGGACGUCUCGAUCGCGUGUCAGUGCGAGAGGAAAUCUUUCCGUUUCGGAAGGGGUGCACAAGGCUUUCGUUGAUGUCAACGAAGAAGGCACGGAGGUAGCAGCCGCAACCGCCGUUGUUGCGAUGCGCUGCGGUGCCGUGGAGUUCGAGGAAACUGAAUUUGUUGUCGAUCGCUCCUUUAUGUUCCUA